AUGCGAUUGUAUCUACUGGGUGUGUUGGCAGCAUUCUGCUUCUCAGAAGCCUUGACCGCGACAAAUUGCUCAACAAAAGGCGAGAUCUCGUGCUAUUCCUGCAUGGGUCGCGAUAUGGAAAAUUGCCAAUCUGGACUGACUUGUUGCAAAGGAGCAUGCUUCAAAUUAGAAGAUAUUAAACAUAAUGUAAUCGUGAAAGGAUGUGUGAAUAACAGAGAAGAGGAUGCAUCGAUGAAGGUGCGAGAGCUCAACGUGCCACUCUAUUGGGCCAACAAGGAGAAAGUCAAAGGAGAAUCAUUCUUCUGCACUGGAAAAGAAUUCUGCAACGAGACAUCUCGACUCAGUCUGCUCGCUUCAUUCUUCACUGCUAUUCUGGCUUUCGUGAUCAUCAAAUAA